AUGGACUCAACUUUCAAUAGUACAAUUAUAUUAAAUAACUCUGAAAUAAGUAGACAAAAAUCUGCUUCCUCCGAUACUGAUUCUGAAGUUCUCUCUGAAGUUCUCUCUGAAAAUUUCGACGAACCCGAUAUAAAUGAUCAAAAAUCUGCAUUCCAUGAUUUUGACUACGGAACUCCAGAUCUUUUGGGACUCCCUGAUAAAAUAAAGAAAAAAAUUGAACAUAAUGUGAGAAACGUCGAUAUUGAAAAAAUUCGCAAAGCACAACAAAAACAUACAGCACCUUGGGGUAGCGAUACACCUUUUGCA